UGAACCAGUAAAAAUGUAACUAUGCCAUUGUUUACAAAUGGCGCGCUCCUGUGGUAUUUCAGAUAACUGAAAUUGAUGCAUGUCACCACGCUAAAAUGGGAUCUGGUUCGAGUCGAUCAAGUCAGGUGCAUUCCUUUCAAGUGGAACAAGGAAAUAAGGAGGACGAGGAUGUUCGGCCCAAAACAGGUAGAGAAACAAAGCGUGUUUGCUCUCUCUCAGCCCAGCAACGUCCAUCUGUCCAGAUAAAGAGAAGUCAGUCUAUGAGCAGUACAACCUCGCCAAGGGUAGCUCCAUCUCUACAUAAACAAACAUCAGAGGAGAAGACUUCAAAUGAUGUUAAAGUUGAUACAGAUGACAAAGAAAGACAGCUAUUUGAAGCUCAAGAAAAGAUGACAGUAUUACAAAAACAGCUGACAGAGACAGAGAGUCAGAACCUGGACCUCCAGGAGAGGGUGGAGGUUCUGGAGGAGCGACUUGAGUACCUCAACUCGUGUCACCAGAUUCAGGAGGAGCCGGAGGGGUACCAGGAAACCAUCAAUGCCAAGAACCAGUUUAUAGAAAAACUGGAGAAAGAACAGAAACAACAGACACAGGAGUUCAGUAAGACGAGAAUUCGCUACAAGAAGAGAAUAAAAGCUUUGACCACACAACUGAAUGAAGCCAAACAAGAGACCUCAAUACAACUGUUUGAACUUAGAGAUGAAAUCACCAGACUGUUGGAGAAAAACAAAGAACUGGAAGAUUCACUUGAAAGAGCUGGACCACAAGAAAAGACUAACACACCUGAUGUGGGCAAAAUGCAAAUUGUGUUAGAACUGUCCAAUCAAAUCUCAGAACAGACAGAGGAGAUCUCGAGGUUAAAGAAGGAAGUGAAAGCGAAGGAAUCGAUAAUUGAUCGUCUUGGAGGAACCAAAAAAUUGGAGGAAGAAUAUAGUAAAGACAAAGAGGACCAGAAAAAUCUGAAAAAGUUAUCACAAGGAUUAAGUCAGUUACAUAGUGAGAGUGAGGGCUUCAGGGACUCAGAAGAGGAUGAUAGAGGUGUGUCUGGUGCUAGCCGGGACUCAGGGCUGGGGUCAGCUGGGAAGAAUAAGGACAGGCAGAGAGACAAGAGGGGUAUCCCUGUACAGUCAGACUCAGACUGGGAGUCAGACGACCUCCCAGAUGAACUUGGUCCCUGUAAAAUAAAAAGUGCUCCCCCAGAGACUCAGGCCCUGAGAGCAGCCUCCAGACUGGCUGCCAUGGAGGGUACUGACUCAGGAUACCCCGCCCGACUGGCAUCGAGGGAAAGCAAUGAUUCCAGACUUCCGUCACGCCUCGCCUCAAGGGAAAGCAUUGGUUCCAGACUGCCCUCUAGAUUAGCUUCCAGAGAGAGCCAGCUCAGUAGUAAGACUUUACUGGAAAAUGAUGAGGAUCACAUAUCUAUUGAUGACAUGACAUCUUAUAAAGGGUCUCACAAAAUAAGGAAGAAAUCCUCAUUUACAUCUAAAAUCAGGCGGGAACAUGAUACAUCCCUCAGAACACCUAUCCCUAGUGUAGCAUUUGAGGAGGAGAAAAGUACUAAUGAUAUACCAAUGUAUCCAAGUAGCUCCAGUAAGAGGUAUUCUAGAAAGAAAAAGAGCUCAUUCUUCCUGACUCAGACAGGAAAUUCUCCUGCAGGAAGUGAUAUCAGUGAGCAAAUAUCUGUAGGAUGAUUCCAAAGUGUUUAAGAUACUUGUAGAAUGAGACAUUGAUAUUUACAGAUAUCUUCAGGAUGAGAUCUUGGUAUUUACAGAUAUAUGUAGGAUGUGACCUCAGCGUUUACAGAUAUCUGAAGGAUGAGACCGCAUUCAUUACAGAUAUCUGUAGGAUGUGACCUCAGUGUUUACAGAUAUCUGUAGGAUGAGACCUCAAUGUUUACAGAUAUCUGUAGGAUAUGACCUCAGCGUUUACAGAUAUCUGAAGGAUGAGACCGCAUUCAUUACAGAUAUCUGUAGGAUGUGACCUCAAUGUUUACAGAUAUCUGUAGGAUGGGGUCUAAGUAUUAACAGAUAUCUGUAGAAUAAGAUCUUAAUGUUUACACAUAUCUGAGAAUGAAACUCUUGUGUUAUCAGAUACAUGUUUCUGUAUGUUGAGCCUUUCCUUUUUACAGAUAUGUAUGGGAUGAGAUCUUGCUGUGUACAUUUAUCUGCAGACCUUGGUGUUUUUAUAUAUACAUAUAGAAUUUAUUAACCAAAGAAACUUGGUAAAUAUGAAAGUAUACAGGAUAAUAUUAUUUCAUGUUAUUUCAUUUACAAAUGUCAGUUCUAGUCAGUAUUCUAUUUCAAUUCUGUCAGCCAAAAUAUCCAAUACAGCUUUUCUUAUUAAUGAAAAAUUGAUAUUGCUAAGGCAACUACAAUUACACAAGUGUACAUACAGAUGUAUGUAUUUUCUUAUCAAUAUCAAAGUGAAAUGUAUAAGUAAUAUUCAUUUCCAGUACCAGUAUUUUAUGUAAAAUGAU